GGAAACGCACGCAGUUGCUGUUCGGCGUUGAAUGAGAAAGACAUUUUUCUGCCCAUAGUAUUGACCUCAUUGGAAUUAAUAAUUUUAUUGGACUAAUAGUUUACCAAAUAGAAGAAUAUAUAUAUAUAUAUAUAUAUAUAUAUAUAUAUAAAACAUUUACAAUUGAACGAUGGCUUUCAUGGUGAAACACGUAGUCGGCGGUCAGCUAAAGAAUCUGACAGGAGGUCUGACAGAAGAGAAAUCUGAUGGAGAUAAAUCCGACUCUGCUACUAAAGGAAUGACACAAGAAGAGUUUGAACAGUACCAACAACAACUAGAGGAGGAAAAGGAAGAACGAGAUACCAGUUUUGCCCAGCGGAAGGCGGAGAGGGCGACAGUCAGAUCUCACUUCAGAGACAAAUACAGGUUACCAAAGAAUGAGGUAGAUGAGACUCAGAUUCAGGCUGCGCGAGAUGAUGUUGAGCUCCCCACUGAACUUGCCAAGAUGAUCGCUGAGGACAACCAAGAGGAGGAACACAAGCAGUCUGUCCUGGGUCAGCUGACCAACAUCCAGAAUGUGGACAUGAACCAUCUAAAGGGCAAAGCUCAGGCCACACUGGAAGAUCUGAAGAACUCUGCUGACAAGUGUUCCCUCAUGUGAUCUCUCUCUGUCUCUCUUUCUUCCUAGAAAACUUCUUCUUUCCUUAUCUACUGUACUGUAUAUCUUCUCCAUCAUCUCGCUCUCAUACAGACAUAAACACACACACUGCCAAACAUCCAUAUUCACACAUCUAGAAUGGCUUUUAUGGCAGUGUUGUUUCAUAAUCCUAAUAUUGUUCUAGAAUUUUAAAUGUCUUUUGUGUACUUACCGGGUGGAUCUCACAAAACCUGUCAAGAACAUGUCCUGGUCUUAUUUCACCCAAAAAUCUAAGAAAAUGAAGGGUUUUUUUUUUUUAUUAAUUUUUUAUUGUUACAUUAUUUUCAUAACAAUUAAACACAUUUCCCCCCUCUAAAUUCACAUUACAGUUAUGCAAAAAAAUAAUAAUAA